CCCAGUUAUGAGAUAAAGUUUAAUAAAAAUCUUUUGCUGCGCCAGCGCCGAAAUGAAACCCAAGCCUUUCUGAACAUCCGAACACAAUGAGACAGGACCGCGCAGCAAACCUCAUGUUCAACAUGUAUCUCUCAGAUCCAACAGAAAAUCUGUUGAAAGAAAGCAAAGGAACACCUUGGAGUCCAAUAAAUACAGGAGUGCAAAAAGGCAGCGGACAGAUCCAGCUGUGGCAGUUCCUCCUGGAGCUCCUGUCCGACAGCACCAACGUGUCCUGCAUCGCCUGGGAGGGCACCAACGGGGAGUUCAAGCUCAUCGACCCGGACGAGGUGGCCCGGCGCUGGGGCGAGCGCAAAAGCAAACCCAACAUGAACUACGACAAGCUGAGCAGGGCGCUGCGCUACUACUACGACAAAAACAUCAUGACCAAAGUCCACGGAAAGAGAUACGCCUACAAGUUCGACUUCCACGGCCUGGCGCAGGUGUGCCAGCCGUCCACCACGGAGCAAGCCAUCUACAAGUUUCAGGGGAACUUCUCCCCGAUCCCCUUCUCCGGCAUUUCCAAACUGAACCUCGUCACACCCGGCGUGGGCCCCUCGGGUUUCUCCUACUGGCCCGGCUCCCCACCGGCAGCUCUGUACCACAGUCACAACCUGCAGCCUCCGGGGCCCUUCGGCACCGUGUCACCGUCGCACAUCAGCUGCGUCAACAGUCUGGCCAACAUCAACAAUCACUACAACUGACUCCUGUUGCACAUUUCAUACCUGGCUUGGAAUAAAUAAAUAAAGAACUGGCUUUCGGUAUCGGCGGCCCAAAUGUUGAUUAAUACCACCGUGAUUUGGACAAGAUAUCUGAACAAUGACAUUUUUCUUAUUUCCUCUUUUCCCUCAGCAAAACUGCAGCUUUAUUCAACAGUUUUAACCUUGUAAAUUUAGGUCUGCAUUUCAUCCAGGUUUGUCGUUAAACUGAUUAGACGGGAAGUAAAAUGAGCAUUAAUUUCUAUAUAAUUUUAUUAUAUUCCCAGUUUUGAUUUUAAUUGGUUCGUGUAAAUAUGAACUAAAUUAUCACUACAAUACGGACAAACUGGACCUUAUGUCCAGACCACUGCGCAGAAACAAAUAAGAUGUUUAAAAACUGUAAAAACAAUAUAUUUGAACACGUUUUAUUACUUUUUCAUUCAAAUGUCAUUAUGAAUAUUUAAUCAGUUAAUAAAUAAAUCUAUUAGAAAGACCGCCUAUCAUUUUACGCACAGACUUCUUACGCGCACAUUUUUUAUUUUUUUAAAUUAAAUCUCUGGUCUCCACACAUCACCAAAUUUUGAAUUUCAGGAAUUAAAGAACUUUUUAUUUGCGAUAAGCUGUUUCUUGACAACAAUAUAGACAAUAGAUGUUCCAAUAAAAUGGUAAAAUAAUUGUUUUCUCUUUUCUUUAAAUUGUCUCUGUCAUUUCGCCCCUUUACACUCUACCCAACUCUUUCGGAUACGAAAUGGAGCCGUCUGCCUUAGAGGAGGUUUGUUUCUGUCCAUGCGUCAUUUCGUAGGCGGCAGGGAGACGUAAAGUAUCUUUUCUAUUCUUUGCCCUACAAUGAGGAAAUGUGGUUUUGUGAUUUCAAUAAAUAAUAUAUACCAUUA